GAUCGGACGGAGAGGGGGUUUGGGGGUGGCCGUGGGUCCCCAACAAUCCCAAGGCGAACGCAUUGCAUUCCCAACGCGCAGGGAGGGCCGGGGAGCCGGGUUGGGGGAGGGCUCUUCCUGGGGAGGGCUGGGAAGAAUGUGGAGCUAAGGAGCAGAAUGGGCACAUUGGGGCCGAGAGCGGAGGAACGAACCCCCGGUGGUUACGUGAUUUGCAAGAGGCGAUCCUAACGGGUAUGUAAGGCCUUUCCAGGGAAAUCCUAAAGGGGCAGCGGAGUCGCACUUCCCCACGCAGUCAGGAGGGAUGCCCGCAGCCCCUCUCCCCGCUCCUCACUGCUGGACCAGAAGGGAUUGGGCCCCGCGGAGCCGGCUUUCUCCUCUCUCUGGAUUUUGCACGUCGUGUCAGCGUUGAGGAGGUGGCUGCUUUGGCAGGAAGAGCUAGGACCCAGGAACAAAUGAUCAAACCAUACCCCCCCCCCCACCCCCUUUUUUUGUUUUUGUUUUCAGAGGCACAAGGUUUGAGUUUGCAGUCCUCAGCUGGGGAACAACUUUGUGGCUUAGGAGAGCCUCAGACGUCUAGGACAGAGUCCCCAGCAAAUCUGUUUUCAUUAAAGCAUGGAAUUCAGAAAACAACAAAGAAGUUCAACUAGUGCUGUGGUCUCAUCUGAAAUUCUACAGUUUUCCUAGCUUCUCCGGAUCCGGCCCUCCUGUUGCCUCUUCCUGCAGGCUGCUCUGUCAUGGCAUUCUCUCAGAUCACCCACUCCUGAGUGGAAAGAAAUUUCAAGCAUUCUGACUACCACAUACUACUGAAUGUUCAAUUGGUGAAAUUGAAGGUCUUCCACUCGCUCAGAAAAAAGAAAUCCAGAAGAAGAAGAUCUUCCAGAAGCUGAGCCACGUGCUUCUGAGCUGCUGUGAAUGUCCCUGGCUCUCUUGACCACACUCCCCAGUAGGAUGUCACUGAGAUCCCUCAAAUGGAGCCUCCUGCUGCUGUCCCUCCUGAGCUUCCUCGUGAUGUGGUACCUCAGCCUGCCCCAGUACAAUGUGAUCGAGCGCGUGAACUGGAUGUACUUCUAUGAGUAUGAGCCCAUUUACAGGCAAAACUUUCGCUUCACGCAGGAGCAUCCAAACUGCUCUCAGCAAAACCCAUUUCUCGUCAUCCUGGUGACCUCACACCCCUCCGAUGUGAAAGCCAGGCAGGCCGUUAGAGUUACGUGGGGCGAAAAGAAGUCUUGGUGGGGAUAUGAGGUCCUUACGUUUUUCUUACUAGGCCAGCAGGCUGAAAGGGAAGACAAAGUGUUAUCGCUGUCCCUAGAGGACGAGAACCUUCUCUACGGGGACAUAAUACGGCAAGAUUUCAUAGACAGCUACAAUAACCUGACCUUGAAAACAAUUAUGGCGUUCAGGUGGGUCAAUGAGUUUUGCCCCAAUGCCAAGUACGUCAUGAAAACAGACACGGAUGUCUUCGUCAAUACUGGCAAUUUAGUCAAGUAUCUUGUAAAUUUAAACCAGUCAGAGAAGUUUUUCACCGGUUAUCCUCUCAUUGAUAAUUACUCCUAUAGGGGAUUUUACCAGAAAGCCCAUAUUUCCUAUCAGGAGUAUCCCUUCAAGGUGUUCCCUCCCUACUGCAGUGGGUUUGGCUAUGUGAUGUCCAGAGACUUGGUGCCAAAAAUCUAUGAGAUGAUGAGCCACGUAAAACCCCUCAAGUUUGAAGAUGUUUAUGUGGGGAUCUGUUUGAAUCUAUUGAAAGUGGACAUUCACAUUCCAGAAGACACAAACCUUUUCUUUCUGUAUAGGAUUCACUUGGAUGUCUGUCAGCUCAGACGUGUGAUUGCAGCCCAUGGCUUUUCUUCCAAGGAAAUCAUCACCUUUUGGCAGGUUAUGCUAAGGAACACCACAUGCCAUUAUUAAUUUCCUGUCCCACUCAAAACUUAGUGGGGAGCGCCAGAGUUGGCACUGUAGUGGCACACUCACGGGGAGGUCGCUGUGUUGGGUUGCUCUGAACUGAAAUUCAUGACGAACCCGUAGACUAGAGACUGCAGGCGUACACGUUACUUGUGUUAUAUUUCGACAGAAAUCAAAUCAGGCCCUUUCUAGAUGAUAUUGAGAGGAAUUGAACAAAGUCUUUUUGUUAAUAACAGGACCAAACAAUUGGAAUAUUUCAUUCUGUAGACUAGAACUUCUUAAAGCGGUUUUAUUGAAUUAUAAGCUCAUUAGUUCAUAACAAAGCAACGUGGAGCUCUAUUUAUUGAAUAGUCUAGUCAGUUAAUGGUUUUGUGCAUCUCUUAUGUGGAUUACCAAUUUUAAAAAUAUAUAGUUCUGUGUAAAAACUUAGAGUUAUACCAAACUAUUGUCUCUCUUUGGUCAUUCAGCAGGUACCUCAAGAUGUUGCAGUAUUUCAGAGUUAUCAAUUAUUAUUUAAUGCUUAGAAAUUUUUGAGUGUUUAAGUGUUACGGUUUUUUUCAAUACUGUGUAAAGAGAAUAGUGAAUCAUCCUUUCCAUUUGAACUCUUUUCCAGUUACUUCACUAAUGAGUUAUUGAUAACUCCAUUAAUGUGAAGUCAUUGGUCAUUAUUGUGUAUCAAUGAUCUCUUUAGCUUUGAUAAAUAUUUUAUUGUGGUAAUAUAGAGAAGAAUGUAAGGGAGAAAAUCUAAAUUAUUGUCUUGUUUUUAAAAAUAUAAUCCUCAGUGUUUUUAGAUGACACUUCAUUGGUCUCAUUUUCUACCUGGGAAUUAGGAUUAAUAUAGAAUGCCAGGCAGUGUGUUUCCUUUGGCAAAGGACUCUCAAGGCAAAAAAGUAAACAAUCUGAUGGUCAGAAUACAUUGAAAGGAAUGUCGUUAUUCUGGUACUUGAGUUGGAAAGAGAAGACUAAAGAUUUGAGUUACAUUACUAA